GCUCGACUUGGCACAGAAUUUCCUGAGGAGGGCUUGGGUAUCAACUGGCCCAAUCAGUUUGUGAAGCCACAUCAAGACAAGCUGAAGACUUGCUGGUCACAGCCUCUCGACUCGAAGCAGAGCCAUGCUGUUAAACAUGCAACCAAGAAGGCAUGGUUUGCCCUUCUGGAGAAGGUAUUGGUGGAGGAGGAAAUUGAUGAAGAGUGCAUUUAUGCAAUGGACGAGACAAGUUUCCAAGCUGGAGAGGGCAAGAAGCAGCAGGUGAUUGAACGUGCAGGCACUUACCACCAACUCCAGCAGCAUAGUGGAGGGAGGCAGCAAAUAUCAUGGCAAUUGUCACAAUCUGUGCUGAUUGUUCUUACAUCCCUCUGGCUAUCUUGCAUGCAGGUGGUGUAUUUCUGCCAACAUGGGAUCAGGAAACUCCCUUAG